CAAAGUUAUUACCGGAAGUGAGGUUUUUUUUUUUCUGUCUCACGCUGUUAAGGAAACCUACAGACACAUUAGCAAUUUCCUCCUUGACUCUAAAGGUAACGAGAGAUGAAAAAACAAGAUACCGAAGAGUCCACCACUCAGGCUGCUGAGAAUGCUCCACCCACAGCAGCAGCAACAGGGACAGAGUCACCUGCAGCUGCAAAGGACAGCUUGGAAAGCAACAGCCCCAAAGAGUCUGAACCACAGACACCACAGACGGAUACACCUCCACAGGGCGAGGAGGGGGCGGGGGGAGAGGCUCCGUUGUCUCAGUGUGACAUGGCAGAGGAGCUGAGCCGGCAGCUGGAGGACAUCCUUAGCACCUACUGUCGGGAAAGCAUUUCAGACGAUGCCAGCGCCUUAGCUAACGGCCAGUCACACAGCCCAGAGCUCAAUGGCCUGACCAAUGAGAGGGAAGAUGACAAGCCAGAGGAAAGCAAAGUCAACGGUGGUGACAGCGGUGUGGGAAAGCAGCAGAAGAAAACUCAGGAGAAGAAAAAAGUGAAGGGUCUAGGGAAGGAGAUCACACUUCUCAUGCAGACUCUAAACACACUGAGCACCCCCGAGGAGAAGCUCGCAGGCCUCUGUAAGAAGUAUGCUGAACUGUUGGAAGAGCACCGAAACACCCAGAAGCAGAUGAGGGCGCUGCAGAAGAAGCAGAACCAGCUGGUCCAGGAGAAAGACAACCUGAGGAACGAACACAGCAAGGCCAUCCUGGCUCGCAGCAAGCUGGAGAGUCUGUGCAGGGAGCUGCAGAGACACAACCGCACACUCAAGGACGAAGGAAUGCAAAGAACCCGGCUGGAGGAGGAGAAAAGGAAGGAGGUGACUUCUCAUUUCCAGGUGACGCUGAACGACAUCCAGGCUCAGAUGCAGCAGCACGACGAGAGGAACGCCAGCCUUCGACAGGAGAACGCAGAGCUCGCCGAGAAGCUGAAGAAACUGUAUGAACAGUACAAACUCCGCGAAGAACACAUAGAGAAAGUGGUGAAGCACAAAGACCUGCAGCAGCAGCUGGUGGAUGCAAAACUGCACCAGGCCCAGGAGCUGCUCAAGGAGUCUGAGGACCGCCACGAAAGAGAGAAAGACUUUCUGUUAAAAGAAGCAGUAGAAUCCCAGAGGAUGUGUGAGCUCAUGAAGCAGCAGGAAGUUCACCUCAAGCAGCAGUUAUCACUGUACACGGAGAAGUUUGAAGAGUUUCAGACCACCUUGUCCAAGAGCAAUGAGGUCUUCACCACUUUCAAGCAGGAGAUGGAGAAGAUGACUAAAAAGAUCAAAAAGCUCGAGAAGGAGACGGCCAUGUAUCGCUCCAGGUGGGAGAGCAGCAACAAGGCCUUGCUGGAGAUGGCCGAGGAGAAAGCUGUUCGGGAUCGUGAGUUUGAGGCACUUCAGGGAAAAGUCCAGCGGCUGGAGAAGCUCCGGCGGGCGCUCAAAGUCGAACGGAAUGAGCUGAACAAGAAGGUCCAGAACCUCAGCGGCGGCACAGAGGGAGCCCCCACCUCCAACCCAGGGACUGACUCUCCCUCUCCACCACCUACAGACUCUCUGCUGGAGCCUGGCACCUGCCCUGCCCCUGACACCACCACCGCCUCCACCUCUUCUUGCUCCCACUCCUGCCACUGUGAGCCACAGCUGGACACAGACACCCUGCUGGAAGAGGCAAACACUCAGCCUGUCCAGGCACAGGAAUGAAGCAGCACUGCUCACACGUUCUUCAAACCACCCACAGAUAAGCCACCAGCCUGCAAGCCACUACUCCUCUGCUGGAUGGAGCCCAUGUUAAACACUGGGAUGGAAGCAAACUGCAAAGUCACACCUUUAUGUACGAGGCCAGAAUACCAGAUCAACGUUUGACAGAAGGGUUUAGUUGUAAUCUCCCAGAAUCUUCUGCAAAACAGUCUGCUGGUGUAAUUACAUGCACACUAUCACACAGUUACUGUGAAUGUAUAAUGCAAUUUUCUGCAAUAAUUUGGUUUUCAUGGUUUUUAUUAGCAUCUAUCGAGUGUGAUCAUCUACAGGAAGCGACUAAUCAGCCACGCAAGUUAAUACUAUUACAAUACUUUCAGAAAUAACUGAUCAUAUUUACAAGUUAUUAUCUGCAUAUUAAUGUCAACAUGUGUAAAAAUGAUCAAUGAACAGAAACCCAGGAUGACAUAAAGGACCACCAUAACAACAUAAACUAUGCCAUGUAGUCAUAUUAACACAUCUAAAUUUGUAUAUACAAAUUAUCAAAGCAUUUUUAGCAAAUUAAAAGUAUCUAUAAAGCUCAUAUGAAUAAAUUUACAUUAACUACAUCACUUUGUUCAUUCUAUUUCCUAAGAUCCAGAGCCAGUUUUUAUUAUUCUGACUCUUCAUUUCUAACUCUCGAGUUUGUUCCCCUUGUUUUGAAGUUUGCCAUAUUCUUCCUUUCUGUUUCUGAACUCACACAUGUACUCCUGUACUCAGUACUCUCAGUAAGUUUAUUUCCUGCUUUAAAUCACACCAUGAGAGUUCCAGAAACAUCUCUUUUAAAAGCAUUAUCCAUAUUUAACAUAUUGAUUAUAAUAACGUAUUUGAAAUAACCUCCAGAGCCUUAAUAUUGCCCUUAGACUGUAUGUAAACGGUGGCCACAGUGGCAUCACCCUUUGGUUUCUAAGUCACAUUUAAAAGCCUCAAAUUUAGUGUUUUGGCCACGACUGUGUUGGAUUUUCAAAGUCAGAAGUGACCUUUCAUCUUUGUACAAGCAGGUGGAAAUAUUAAAUUAACAGCUAAUGCUAAUUAGCUUGGUUAGCGAGAUACAUUCAUAAAUUGUAGGGGUGCGAAGCAAAGGCACACAUGCCUGCAACAGAAUAAAAUAGUAGAAUUUCAAACUAGAUUACAAACUAAUUUCAUUUAAUAAAAUCUUCCAGAAGGUCCCAGCAGCACAGACAUGGUGGAGCUGUCCAGCUCAGUGACUUGAAUUAGCUGACCUAGCAAACAGCAAUUAACUACAGCUCCCUGUGUCGGUCAGAGCAGGCAUUGAUUCACAUGGAUAACAGGUUAUCAUGGUGGUGUUAUGAAGGGAUUUGGUGUCCCGGGCUAGAAACGUUUUUAUUAAAGUUGAAGACUUUGGGGAUCGGCUUCUAGUGGCCGCUGGAGAAAUUGCAGUUUCUGGCACUCUGUGUGUUUACAUUUUUCAGGCCCAGAGGUUUUUGUCGCAUCUUCAGAUCUCAUCAUGUUUUUUUGACAAUUAAUAAAUAUUAUUUUAUUAGCUGACAACCCCAAAAUAUAUGUCCGUAUUAACCUCAUUACCAGUGUGCAUGUAAUUCCACCGACCGCCUCUGUGUUGUGCUGUUUUCGUACACCUCCUGUCCAAUCGGCCCGGCAACAACAGCAACACUGCUGUGUGAGAUGAAGCCAACCUGCUUUAUGGUGUAAAGAGUCAGAGGCUGUGUGUGUGUGUGUGUGUGUCUGUCCAGUUAGUCUGCUUCAGUUUGCACGCUGAUUGUCAGUGUUUAUCCUAAAGCCCACAUUAUGUGUUUCUUUCAAGUGAAGUCUUAACAGCAGCAUCAGGCACAAUAUUUUUAGCAGGUUCAAUUCAUAAAAACAGAAAAUCAGUCAUUUUUAGGCCUGUCCUGAAAUUUGAGUCCCACUUAUUAAAGCGUCGUACUGAUGUUUAAAAUGACAAUUUUAUGGCACUUAAGCAUGUUAUUUUUGAAAAUUAAGGCAGCACAUUACUGAUGUGACAUCAGAUAAAUAUCAGCCACUGAUCGACCAAUCAUUUUACUUGUCAAUAUUCCGAUAUCUUGCAUUCCUGAGCUUUUGGUCCAUCUGCAUUGUUGGAAGAUGAAUCUCUGUCAUUGAAAUGUGGAAAUCUGGCAGAGCACACUAUACUCGCCAUUAAUUUAGAGCAUUUCUAAAGAGUUUUAGUUUUAUGACUUCAGUUGCUUUUUGCUAAUUUUGUUCGGGUUUGUCACUCUGCAGUAAUGACCUCUUUAAACUCCAUGGUUGUCUGGUGUGUGUGUAUGGUGAGUGUGUGUGAUAGAAGUACUUUCAGUUUUUCCCAGUUGAAUGUUCAAAGACCUCUAUGCAACGCUCGUGUCUUGGUUUUAUUUUAUGGCAGUCUGAUCUGACAAGCACUCAGCUGAGAAUGUAUUUUUAUUAUAGCCACUGUCCUGCAUGGAUGUGCAGUACCACACAUGACAUCUCACAGAGGAACACACACACAUAUAUAUUUGUUUUUCCUUUUGGCCCACACUUGAGCUACACCGGAUUGUUUCGACGUUGAGUGUAAUGUUGUGAAUCUCUUGAAAGAUGCACCGACUGAGCCGAUGUGAAUACAGAUGGAAAAGUUAGACCACCUCUUAAUGGACCAUUGAACACGUGUCUUCUGACAUUCUUGUGUACUACAUAAUAUGUAGCACUGGGAACAGAGUGACGACUCAUUUUCAUCUGAUAUCGCAAUGACAAACCUAAUCUCUUCCAUUGUCCCGUAGGACAGAUUCAUUCCUGUCCCACAGUGGACUGGGAGGUUCAUUGACCAUGAGAAGGAACCAAAGAUGUUUCUGUUUUUGUUGUUUUUUUGGUCUUUUGCAGUACUUUUCUCUGGCUCUGUAUAUUUUGUUUCUUGUUAAAUAAAAGAACUGACUUAGCUUUGA